AUGUCCAAGUCCGAUAGUCCGAAGGAUGGAGAAAAGGGUCCCUACGACCCGGUACCGACGUCCGGCGACGGAGGUGGUCAGGAAAUUAAAUUGGAGGCUAAAAUGUCGCUUUUGAACGGAGUAACGGUGAUCGUAGGUUCGAUCAUCGGUUCCGGGAUUUUCGUCAGCCCGACAGGAGUGUUGACUUAUACCGGAAGCGUGAACGCAAGUUUGCUGGUUUGGACGGCUUCCGGAUUAUUCUCAAUGGUCGGAGCUUAUUGCUACGCCGAAUUGGGAUGUAUGAUCAAAAAAUCUGGAGCCGAUUACGCCUAUAUUAUGGAGACUUUCGGUCCGUUCAUGGCAUUUGUAAGGCUAUGGGUCGAAUGUAUGAUCGUCAGACCGUGCAGCCAGGCCAUAGUCGCUUUGACUUUCAGCGUUUACGUUUUAAAACCAAUGUUCCCCGACUGCACGCCACCGGAUAAUGCGGUCCGAAUGCUCGCCGUCUGUUGCAUCUGUAUUCUGGCCUUCAUAAAUUGUUGGGAUGUGAAAUGGGCUACCAGAGUACAAGACGUGUUUACAUACGCCAAACUCUUGGCCUUGUUCAUUAUAAUAAUCGCUGGUUUUUGGCAGCUGUGCAAUGGUCACACGGAGUACUUUACUUUCGAAGGAACUAAAACGGAAGUGACAUCAAUUGCUCUGAGUUUCUAUUCGGGACUUUUUGCCUAUAACGGUUGGAAUUACUUAAAUUUCAUCAUCGAAGAACUCAAGGACCCAGUCAAAAAUCUUCCGAGGGCUAUCGGGAUCUCCUGUACUUUGGUGACGGUCGUUUACGUAUUUGCCAACGUUGCUUUUUACACGACUCUGAGCCCCAUCGAAGUUCUUGGCAGCGAAGCUGUCGCAGUUACAUUCGCCAAUCGACUUUUCGGCGUGAUGGCUUGGACGAUUCCCGUUUUCGUGGCUCUCUCAACGUUCGGUGCGGUCAAUGGAAUCCUUCUGACGUCGUCGAGACUCUUCUAUGCGGGAGCCUGCGAAGGACAAAUGCCAGAAAUUUUGACCAUGAUUCAAAUAUCCAGACUCACUCCGACCCCAGCUGUACUGUGCAUGGCGUUAUUAUCGAUGCUGUAUCUCUGCUCCUCUGACAUAUUCGCGUUAAUAAAUUACGUUGGAUUCGCUACCUGGUUGAGCAUAGGCGUAUCGGUACUUUGCCUUCCUUGGUUGAGAUGGGCACAGCCGAAUCUUCCGAGGCCGAUAAAAGUGAACCUUGCAUUCCCAAUUAUUUAUAUAAUAGCGACACUUUUUGUCACAAUUGUUCCUAUGUACGCGCAACCGAAAGAAACAGGGUAUGGGUGUCUGAUGAUUUUUUCCUCCGUACCUGUCUACUUUGCAUUCAUCGCAUGGAAAAACAAACCCAAGUUCUUCCAAAAAGGCGUCGGAUUCAUCACCCAAACAAUGCAGAAGCUGAUGAUGGUUGUUCGACCAAAGUUAAAGUAAGUACAACGAGAUUCCUACAGAAGAUAAUGCUGGUAGUCGGCAAAUCGAAACCCGCUCAGGUUUAAAGUGGCCUACAAGAAAAAAAGGAGAGAAGAAAAAAGUUUAGCGAUCACCUAGCCGCAUCAUCAAUACGUUAAAAUGAACCUCGGAAAAAAUGGCACCCAAGUGCAACGAACAGUCACAUUGAAAUUGGGUGCCAAUUACUAACCAGAUUCAGUGAAUAAUUCCGCACUGCUGGCAUAUUCAGUAUAUUAUAGGUAUACUAUACGUUUUACGCUUUGAUAAAAAAAAAGACUUGACAUUCCGAGAGACUCAACAUUUUCUUGAAUAUGCCACUGCUGUAUUAUACUUUGAAUAGUUCGCUUUUUACUUCAGUUUACAACAAGUGAAGCUAAAAUCGAAAUUAAGACACGUUCGACUCGUUGUCAGAGACUAUGAUUGUGAGACAUGUUUUGGAUGCUUCAAUUGCGUAAGAAUUAUUAUUAUCGUUACGUGUAUAUUCUCGAAAAAUUAUAUCACUACAAGAUUAGAUUGAUUAUUACUAAUUCUGAUAAUAUACGGUAGCAUAUACACUGACACAAUAUGUAUUUCGGUUGACCCGGUGUAAAUGCAUAAUAGGUAUUUAUACAUAUAUAUUAUAUAUAUAUAUAUAUAUAUAGGUAUAUAAACAAAAAUGUUAUAUUACAUGAUGAGCAUAUGUAUAAAUACUGGGAGUAGAUUAGACGUAUACAGAGUGUGUUCAAGAGAUGAUAAUUGUCGGAUUGCACAGAACGGAAAUUUUUGGAUUUUCUCACUUUUCUCUCCUUACUUUUUACCGAUUCCAUUACGGCCGUCACCAUUUUGUCCAAUACACUCUGUAUUGUACUCAUAGAACAAAAUACGAGUAAAACAAACACAUGUGUGAUCUACGUGUUGCAUGUUGAAUGAUGAUAUUCUUAAUAAUUAAUGCGAGAAAAAAGAAGAGUAGCAAAAUUGGUAAUAUGUAGUAGUAACUGCAUAGAACUGUUACAAUCGAAUUGCGACGCCUGCAGCACGAUUAUGACAAGAACAAAUAGUGGUAUACAUAUCUUGUGUUGAAAUUACUCGAUUAUCAUAAUUUGUUCGCAAUAUAUGUACUGACGAAAUGAUCAUUAAUUAUAUUCAUUCACGCUCGAAUAUACAUAUGAUAUCCACAUGUUAUGCAAAUAUGUAUAAGUAUUACGCAUAAUAAUAACACGUUAUAAUUGUAAUGAUUUCAUAAAAUGUAAUAAUAUAAUGUGAUUACAUGCUUAUUAAUAAGAAAGAUAAGAAAAUGUGUUGAACAAGAGCAAACAGGAAAUCAACGUAUUUAACUUUGGUUAACAAUCUUGCGGCUAACAAGAUUUUUUUGUGAUUAUUGAAGAAAUCUUUGGAGCGGCGGGGGACGUAUGAAUGUGCUUUGAUUCGAAAAUUUACACGAACCGAAUGAAACGGUACAAACAUACAACUGUCUAACAUAAAAGCAGGCUCAACGAUGUGAACCUAGAAAAUAAUGCAUAAUUUUAUCGUCAUUAUUAUAAUAAUAAUGAGGAUAUCAUUUUGUUUUGAAAUAUGUACUCUACUAACUUUGCUCACUUAAUACAGUCGCGUUAGAUCAUUUAAUUUAUUAACCUGAGAAUUUUUUCUUUUUCUUGUUUCUGUGUAUUCCCCCCCUCCCCCCCCCUCCCCCCCAUUUGAACUCUGCCUACAUUAUUAUCAAACUCUUAAACAUGUUUAUCAACAAUUAUGUUAAGUGAGUUCUGUACAAUUAAUUUCGGGAUACGGAUAAGUGUGACAUGAUGAUUACAAGGAAAAGAAAAUAACCCGAAAACACCCAUUGCAGUUAUAAUAGUUAUCCUGUUCGCGUUCAACCAUCAAUUGAUCACACCAAUGCGGAACAGAUGACGUUCAUACCAAAAUAAAUCUAUUUAUAUCAACUUUGCUCUCUUUCUUUCAUUUUUAUUCGUUUACACGUGGUAUUCAAUCGUUGGUUGCGCGCGCGGUAAUGAUCGAAAAAGCGAAACAAAAAUUGGAAAAUCACUAUGAAGAGCUAAAAAUCUUCUACACAUAUCUUAAAUUAUAUUAUGUAGUUGAAUUUUAUAGGACCAAUAAUAGAUGAAAAAAAAUGUAAGAAAGAAAUAGGAGACAAAAAAUAGCGCUGAAAAAGACACUUUUGUACGAAGAGUGAGUCAUAAUGUUCUAGACUUGGCAAUUUUGCUGUAGUUUAGUAAUAAUAAUACGAAUACGCAUAGUAUCUAUUUGUUAUUAUAUUUACUAUUGUAUUUUUGUUCUUUCGCUUCUCUUUAAAAAUGUAAUAACAAUACUUUCACGUUCAAUUUUGUAAAUUGAUCGAUCGAUCAUUUUCAAGCUCACUGAAAAUUAUUAUGCGUAUAUUCAGGCGGCAAAAAAAUUUAUAUCGUACGACGCAUGGUGACAUAUGUAUAAUAUGUAUCAACAUCGUAUAGAAUGGGGAGCGGGCGCUGAAAUCCAUAAAAUCAUAGUUAUUCUGUCAUAUUCUUUGUUAUUGUUACAAUUAUCAUGGUUAUUUUUACCUACUUUUUUAUUCUUCACUUUUUUCCUUGAAACUAUAUCAUAAAUAAUUUAUGAUUUAGUAGCGAUUAAAAAUAAUGUAAUAGUUUCUGACUUAGACACAAAUGUGACAAUAAUAAGGCGUUGACUGACUAUAAAAAAAGAAACAAAAAUAAUACGAAAGUAAGGGAAGAAAUUUAAAUAAUUAUACAAGCUGCAUUUUUUAUAAAUCUCUAUAAUGUUAUAUUUUAUUUUACAUUUUCAUAAUUACACGGUACACUGUCACUGAUAUUUCUCAUUACGCUAUGAUAUAAGUGUACAUACAAUAUAAAUUAUUGUAUAUCUACAUAUUUGGCAGUUUUAGACGAAUUACUAUUGAUGACGUAAAAGGAAAGGAAUAAUCAAUGUCGAUGUUGACAAAGAAAGGACAAAAGUAGUGAAACUGAAACAGAACAAGUGUAAGUUAAUAGAUACGAAAAGGCAAGUGAGGAAAAUCAGAAAAAAAAGGAAAUCUAUUAAAUUCCUCAACAAAAAUAAUUAUAACUGUAUAGGUAUGUAUAUAAGUAUAUUUAUAUCAUGCAAUGAUGCAACCAGAUGACAAUUGUAUUACCCAUAGUAUUACUAAUGGUACCAACAGCUUAGGAUCUGAAAAAAAUCAAUAAAACACAAGACAGUAUUUCAAAAAA